ACACAUUGUCAUGUUUGACCCACUUCUGGAAGAGUGUCGGGUCCAAUCACUCGAGCAUCGAAGGGUUAAAGGAGUUUGACUGCAGCUGCUCACCUAGAAGCAGAUAACAGCAUGAAACGGUGAGAACCAGCCGGCUGUGUCGUCCUCUCUCUGCUCCUCAGCCUCACAAACAUUAAAACACUUCACACAAGAAGAGACGAACACAGUUACCUGCCGCUGUCGACUGAAACAUGACAGACCAGGUGUUACUGUUGGCUGCUGGUCUGUCCGUGGCUCUCCUGUCGCUGCUGCUGCUCGGUCUGAUGCUGUGCUAUCUGUGGAGGAGGAAGAGGAGGAGGAAGGGUCGCAGUCAGUACGAGGAGCUGCUCUCGACGGUGCCUUCAAUCCCAGCAUGCUCUGCUCCGGUGAUCCUGGUGUCUCAGGGCUCUUUGGCCAAGCCCGGUGAGAUCCCUUUCACCUUGCCUCCUCGCUUCAUGGCACAAGACCACAACAACCUGAAAAAUGUGGAAGAGAAGGAGGAGGGGGAGGAGAUAAAGAUGGAGACUCGCAGGGACAUACUCGCUCAUCGUGGGUCGCUGUCAGUGAGCAGGUGGUACCCGGUGGGGACGGUGCUGGCCGGUCUCUACUCUGUCCCUCCUCUGAACGCGGUGGUGGCCCCUCCACCCGGCAUGGCCACCCGUCUCUGCUUCUCGGUGGAGUAUCGACACAGCAGCGAGCAGCUCAUGGUCUCCUUGCUCCGCCUCGGCAACCUCCCUCCUCCCUUCCACGGCAACGUCACGCUGGUGGAGCUCCGGCUGCUCCCUGACGACCGGCGGCCCCGACAGGCCAAGGCCCGGGGCACGGGGCCCGACCCGGAGUUCAACGACUGCUUCGUCUUCCAGGUGUCAGGAGUGUGUGUGUCUCAGAGCACCCUGAGUGUGUGUGUGCUGAGUGUGGAGCAGCAGUGUAAGCGUCACGCGGUGGGCCGGGUGCUGUUUCCUCUGGAGGGGGAGCUCGGUCAGGCCGGCAGGGUGCUGUGGAGGGACCUGGAGACGGAGGACGAUACCCAGUGUUCAGAGCUGGGUGACGUGCAGAUUUCUCUCAGCUACAGUCCGUCUCUGCAGCGCCUCUCUGUGGUCGUCCUGAGAGCUCGAGGCCUGCAGCUGCUCACUGACGCAGGUGUGUGUGUCCAGGUGAGCUUACAGAUACACACUCAGGCGGUGAAAAUCAAGCGUAGCAGUGUGGUGAAAGGUGAGAGCGACACGCAUUUCAGCUACAGGAUGACCUUUAAACUCCGGCCGCAGCACCUGGACGAGGCCUGUCUGAGGUUUGAGCUGCAGCAGCCACAGGACGUCCGCUCAGAGCCUCCGGUCCUACUGGGAGUGCUGGUGUUGGGUCCCUUCAUGUAUGCCAGAGGCCCGCAGCUGCAGCACUGGAUGGACAUGGUCAACACACCACAGGAGCCGGUCAAACUGUGGCACGGACUGUGCAGGGCCACUUGACACCCAAAUCAUGAUGUACAUACUCUUUCAUGACUUUCUAAAGAGCUAUCAUUCCUAAUCACCCUCAGUUCAUCUGGAUCACAGGCGAACCUUUCUACAGCUCACAAUCUCUUGUUUUAUUCCCCGAUCACAGCAAAAAUAAAUAUUACUGUGGCUGCGCUUGAUACCAAAUGUUAAUGUGUUUUUUUCCUUGUUAUUGCUGAUUGAGUGUCCAAAUACACCUUUAUAAUAAAUCAUUUGGGUUUACAGCUGUUAAAUGGAGCAACUAAGUGUCAAUAACAAUGUGUUUUAAACCACUCUGCAAUAAGCAAUAGAUUGUCAAGAGACUGGACAUGCUGGGAAAUAAAAUUUGGAAACAAGCCAACACAGUUAAAGUGUGUUUUUUAAGA